AUGAGGACAGAGCCACGUCCAUGUGAAGAAACAGAUGCAAGUUGUUUUACGGCGCAGCUCUACAAACCUAGAUUACAGCCCUAUCUCAUGGACCACGACCAACAGGCAGAUGCAGAGCCUCAUCCUCAGUGGCUCUUCCCGUUCUUGGCUGAGCCUCCCAAGCUGGGGAGGGGAACUGGGUCCCCCGAGGAUGAGGAGGGGAGGGAGGGCGAGGGGGAGGAGAAGGAGGUCCCACCUGGGGAAGGUGGUACACCCCCCACACUCGGCCGGCGACCCUGGGGAGGAGGGGAGGAGCCUCGUUCAACCCGGAGUUGUCUCCUCCCCCUUGGGGGAGUCCCCCUCUCCCCCAAACUGAAUCUGUCGGGAGUGGAGGGCUCUUUCUGUCGGCUGGAGAUCGGAGCGGAGGGGCUCUGCCCUGUUCCACCGUCUGGGUACAGGGAAGUUGGGGGGACUUCUUCCCCUCUCCUGGAAGGCUGGAAGCCGAGUCGUCUUCUCUCCCUGGGGUGUCCUCUGCUUCUGAACGUGAGCAGUCCUCGCCCCCGUGAGCACGGGCUGGGCGGCAGGGUGCCUACUCCAGAGGCAUACCCCCUUCUCUCCGUCCCCCAAAAGUCCAGAACUGCGGAGAGUGUGUUUGCAAGAGUGGAGGCACGCGGGGCUGCUCACUCGUUUCCACGGCGUGAGGUGAGGGGACCAGAGAUGAGAAACUGCGUGGGAAGCGAAGCUGGGAGGCAGGAGGACGUCACAUCCCAGUUGCUUGGAGGCCGAGGCACCUCACAGCUCUGCGCCACCUUAAGAAGCAAUAGCAUCUCCGCCGGCCCAGCUGGCCUUCGGCUCCUCCCACUCCCGUGUCAGCUCCGACCCGGGAACGUGGGGAAGGGAGGAGAGACAGCACUGAAUGGAAAGAUUGGCGCGGGAGUCUGCGGGGUCUCUCCUUCCCCCUGCUCUGCGGCGCGGGGAGGAGCGUGGACAGUUCGGCCCUUUGGGGUUUGGUCCUUUUCCUGAAGACUCGGGAUGGGGACGUGUUCUACUGACA